GAUUAGAAACGACAACGAUUCUUUGUAAAUAUGAAUCUCUAAAUACUAAGUGUGUUUUAACAUGAACAACUAAGGGAAUAUGUUCCUUUGUAUUUAAAAAUAUAAAUACGCGCUCACAAUAAUUAUUAACAUUUUAAAAAAGGUACUUCAUAGAUAUCUUCUUUUCUAUAAUAAUUUCAUCCUUUCGUAAUAUCUUCGUUGUCUUAAUAACUUUUAUCUCUUCGUUAUUUUUCGUUAUUUUAAAUUUUCAUCUCUUCAUUAUCUUAAUAAUUUUCAUCUCCUUAUGAAUUCACUGGUUGUUCUUUAUAGAAUACUUCGUAAAUUUUAUAGAGAAUUAGAGUGUAUUGAAAAAUUUUUCUUGUGUACAUAUAUUAUAGAUAUGGCCACAUAUUGUUUUCUGUUCAUUGGCUCUUUAAUCUUAACAGGACAUUUCGAAAUUGAUUUUUUAUUUAUUCUAAUAUUAGGUUUUCCUAUAAUAUCAGGGAUAAUUAUGUUUUAUGGUAAAACCGUUUAUCAUGGAUUAGCAUUCCUUGGUGUACAUUCGUUUCCUGUUUUUGGAGGAAUAGCUUAUUUUUAUACUCAAUAUUUUAAUUGUAGAGAUCAUACUCUCAAAUGUGACGCAAGUCCAACAUUUUAUGCAAUAAUAAUUAAAUUAUUUUUAUUUCAUUUUUUUUAUCUUAGAAUAUGGCCUCUAGUAUAUGAAUUCAAACAUUCUAGACAUGAUGAGAUUAAAGAAAUGCAUGCAAUAUACGAGGUCCAAUUUCCACUUUUCCAUGCGCAGAUCAUCAUGAUAGGGUUAUUGUUAGUUGCUUAUUUGGUAGGAAUAUGUGGUAUAGACCUGGUAGCACUAACAAAAAGACGAAUUAGUUCUCGAAAAUAUUUAUCAAUUUUCAAGGACGAGAAACAUUAUUUAAUGUUUAUUGUAUACGUAGGAAAUUUUAUUCAAGCCUUAUUAUUAUAUUUUGAUAUGGCUAGUUUCUGUAAACAAUUUAAAUCAUUGGCAAAAUUAGAUUCUACGUUGCAAUGCUUUCAGUAUAAUACGGAAAUUUGUACAUUUUUAUUGUAUGCGUGUCUAUGUUGGAUUGUUUUGGCAUUAUCAACUUGGAACACGAUUAGGUGCCAUAAAAAUUUCGGUAAAAAUAUGUCGGAUUAUAUAACAUACGAACCAACUCCUCCGGAAUUUGAAUCUGGAAGAAAAUUAGUAAAAAGAGAAUCAAGUGUGCCAGAGCAUUCACACAUCGUCUAAAUGAACAACUAAGUGAAAAUUAAUAUUAUAAAAUUUAAAAAUGGAGCUAUUUUUUUUUAGAGAAAAUAUUACAAUUAUUUUAAUAAAUAAUGAACGUAAAAAUUUAAUAAAAAUAAUUUCCCUCUCUAACAAAUGAAAUAACU